CUGAACCUUUUAGGAGGAUCUUUAUACUCCUUUUUAGAUUUGGUAAAGAAAGUAAGUAUACAUUUUUCUUGAAAUUGCGGCUUCCGAUAGAAAAUAAGAAUUUCGUCGCAGCACUGUACUUGUUAAAAAAAAUUAACCGCAGAAAAAUCUAUUGCCAUGAACAUGUUGAAAAGAUUUGAGAAAAAGUCUAAUAUUGGAAAAAUGGUCACUGGCCGUGACUUAAAUAUGUUGGCGCGUUUUAGAAGAGAAACUGAUCUGGAGAGGCUAGCCCGUGAAUGCAAGAAAUUAGAAGAAGGCAUGAAUUGGUCCGAUGCUAUAACGGGAUUUUUCGGUGUUGCGGCAGGGGUAGCGGGCAUUGUAGCGAUGCCCGGGUUGGGAUUGGUGUUGUCAGGAGUCAUGUUUGGAUCGGCAGUAGGCAAAGGAGUUCUAGGUUCCGCGUCCAUUGAAAGAGAUUGCGGUGACGUACCAUUUAAAGAAUUAGAACUCAGGCUAAACAAAACUUUAAACGUGAUAAUCCGGAAGUUAGAUCAGCAAACUGAAAUACUAAAAAAUGUUUAUGAUACUGUCAGUAAAACUUUAAAUGAAAUUGAAAAGAUGAGGGUUGCGAUGGACCGAGGCUUCGAACGCAUUCUAGACUCCAUCGAGCGUCAAGACGUGAAUAAAUUAGUUUCGGACAUUAAAUUAGCUUAUAAUUCAUUUUUAAUUAGUGAAAAUAAUCGGAGAAACGCACCAAAAGACGAAUAUGUCAAUUUUAUUGAGCAAGAGAUUAAUGAUAAUCUUUUAUUUAACUACAUUAAAUCUGAGGGCAAAUUGUACGAAGCUCUAUUUUCAAUUAUCAGUAACAGACACGCUAUUCCAAACGACAUUAACCAUCAAAAUGCUUACAACGCUCUAACUGCUCUCAAUUUCGGCACUCUUACAUACACGAAUAUAGUAUUCUCUCUCUUAGAUCAGUAUACUUAUGUUUCGGAAUAUUAUUAUCAAGAAAAAGAUCUUUCAAAGUUUAACGAAUAUCUGAAACGCCUUAUAUUUUAUUUUACAACGUUUAAGCGGUCUUUAAUAGACUCAAACGUUGGUUUACUUAAUAAAGUUAUACAAAUUUUGGAGGAAGUUCAGCAAAAACACAACAUUAAAGAAGCUAAGAAAGAUUUGUACAGCGAUAUUGUAAGUAAAACAAAUAACUUGAAAGUUGUAAAGCAAAAUAUUGAGAAGAUGAGUUCGCAAAUAAUCGAAGACGUGCCACCGAAAGAAAUUGAUGUUCUUUUUGAUACGUAUUCGGGAAAUAAAUUGAGCAAAACAGACUUUUUAGAUUGGAAGAGAGGAACAAAAGUUAGCUACGCAACACAGUACGAGAAAGAUGGCAAAUAUUCCAGAAUAAGCAAAUGGACACAUGAGGAUGUGUUAGAUAUUGCUAAUCCAGAAAUAGUAAUUAAAAAUUCUAAUGACAAAAACAGGCUCGUUUUUAGAAUGUUUACUGGCAACAAGCCAGAAAUGAUUCGUAUUAUAUCUGGCUCUAAAAAUAAGUUCAGAGACAUUGACAGAGAUUUAUAUGAUUUAGCGUUUAAGAAAUCCUACAACGAUAACAGUAUAAUGCAGAAUAUGAAUAAACUUUUAAGUCUUGGUGCGAGCGUUUCUGCUGUUUUUGCAAGCGAAAGAGGUGUGAUUCAUGCAGCAGCUGCAACAGGAAGGGUGAAUAUGCUGAAACGAAUUUUAGAAGUCGAUCGUAAAGUCAUUAACCAGAAAGAUUCGAAAGGUUACACUCCUUUGCACAUAGCUAUUGAAAACAACAGAUCAGAUUUCGUGAAGGAGCUCGUAAACCAGGGCGCGGACGUCAAUGCCAAAACGAACGAGGAUAAUGUAACACCCUUGCAUUUGGCAGUUCGUUUCCAGUCCGAAAAAAGCGUAGAACAUUUGUUGUCGAGUAACAAAAUCAAACCUAACGAGGUAGAAAGAUCUGGAAAAACACCUUUGCAUGUCGCUGUUUCAGAUAAUUCAUUGAGCACGAACAUUGCGCAUCUAUUAAUCAAAAAUAAUAAGGUAGAUGUGAACGUUAAAGAUUCUUUAGGACUAACGGCUUUGCAUAUAGCUGUCUCUUUGAAUUCAGGGGAAAAUUCGCGCCACUUGAUGGCUAGAAAUGGGAUCGAUUUGUACGCGAAAGAUAAAAACGGCAUGGCUCCGAUUCACUAUGCAGCAAUGUAUGGAUAUGAAGAUAUAGUUGGCGGAUUCGUUGCUUUUGGUAUGGAUAAUCUAAAUUCUCCCGCCACUGACAAAAAAUGGACACCUCUUCAUUUCGCUGUCUACUUUAAGCAUGAAAGGCUAGUAGAUGGUUUGGUGGGUUGGACGCAAACUAAGGGAAGGAUUUCGGUGGAUGAGCCAGAUGCACAACAGCAGACACCAUUGCAUUUAGCAGCUCAGAGUGGUGUUGAUAGAUCAGUUGACCAUCUGGCUGCAGCGGGAGCUAAAACUUAUAAGAAGACCGCUGAAGGUUAUACACCUCUUGCUAUUGCAAUCAUUAACAAAAAAGAAGACAUUGUUCGGGACAUAGUAUCAUGGGAGAGAACAGAGUUUCAAAAAUUGCCGAAUGACACUAGUAUCAAAGAGGUUGAUGUAACAGCAUGCGAAUUAGCAGAUGAACAGAAGUUUAUGUUUGAUUAUUUGGUAGAUGAAGGUCGCUGCGAUAGAGAAAGAUGGUAUCCAAUUCAAUUCUAUGAAAAUUCUAGCAAAUACUUUGAGGCGAAUCCUGAUGGUUUUGAUACAUACAAUCAUUUUGAUAAAUACACACAAGGAGCGAAACUUGAAUUUAAGGAUGAAGAAUUUCGCAAAUUUAUUCGAGAUUCUCCACCAGAAUAUAACACGGAAAAUGAAUCUAAGGUUUUAACUAAUGCCUUCAAACUGAAUGAAGAUAUGGAAAGGAAAGAUUUCAAGACUUCUGAUCAUGUUGAUGUUAGUGGUGCUCUGCUGUUGUUGGAUUUGCUCGUUCGCAAAUUCACAAAUGUGAAGUAUGUUUCUAACUGGAAAUACGGAGACUUGCCGUUCGAAGCAAGAGUUCAGGCUUUGGAAAUAACUGAGAAGCUGGAUAAAGUUUUAAAUGAAAUAAGUUCUAUGAAGCAUUCGGAAAGUUUGGAUUCAUUCGACCUUUAUUCUAAUGUACGCAACGCUAUACAGAGCGGUAACAAAAAGAAAUUUCUGGAUAGAUUGUGUUCUUACAUAAAUGAGUUCUCAUCUUUAAAACCUGAAGGAGUAGAAGAAGUUCUGGAAGUUAUUUUAUCGAACGAGCCAAAAAUGAUUAUUUCCAAUAUGAAGAUUGAUCAAAAGCUUCAAAGCUUAAUCAAACACUCCUGCUUUCAGGAGAAGAUUUGAAUAUGUUUGACGUAUGUCAAACAGGAUGUAUGUCAAACAGCCGUUUCUCAUCUUAUAAGAAACUAAGCUGAACUUUAAAAACUACUUCGUAUGCCUGUUUACAGUUUGCUAAUUUCUUGGGUGUUGGUAUUUAACUUUAAAAAUAUUUAAAUGUGUGAAAUAUAUUAUAUUCCUUGUUCACUUUCCGUUUGUGAGUAGCACUAUAUCAGGCAACACUAUGCAAAGUUAUAAAGAUAAUUAAUAAAUUAUAUAUUUUAUAUUUGAUAGAGAGAAAGACUACAUUAAGCUUCAAAUUUUUUAACGGUAUAUUUACAUAAACAUGUUUACACUGUGAUAACUCUUAAUACGUAUCUUUAGAAGAAAUUAAAAAAAAAAAUAUGAACUGAGAUCUUUAAAUUUUUUAAAAAUCAUCAUAAAAAAUCUUUCAUAACUCGAAAAGUAUUUCUAAACUAUUCAUGUAACGUUAAAACAUUAUCGCGGCAUACAACUAAUAUAAUCUUAAAUACCUCUAAAAAAUUUAAAGCGGUAUCAUAAGCAGUUUCUUAGAAAAGGUGCAGCGAAAAAGUUCUUUAUUGAUAUAUCACCUACCGACUCUCCUUAAUACUUUCAGGAAGUUAAAACAAAUUUAGCUAGUCAAAAAAUGUCUAUCAAUAAUAAAUUCUACUUGGCGAUAAAUGUUGUCUAUAGCGGUCUUUUGCUACCAUUUUAAAUAAAAUAAAAAUUGUUUCGAUGAUAUCGGGACACUUGACAUUAAUUAUAUUGAAGUGUAAAUUUAAAUAAAUUGAUAAUUGCACAGUAAUGUAAUCAGUAAUUAAUUUUUAUUUUUUCUUCUUCAAAAAAUUUCAUAAAAAUUUGAUUGUGAUGUAUGGCAUAUAUAAUAUUUAUCAAAAUGUUGUUUUCCUUAAGAAAAAAUGCUUUUUUCUUACAAAUAGGAAUAGUCAUUUAAACAUUUAACUUACCCAAACUACCAUUAAUUAUUCAAGUCAAGUUACGUAAAGCAUGACGGUACUUUUGUCAUAAGUAGUUUUAUAAUUAAGCAAUAAUUCCUUUCUGCUUUUUCCUUAAUAAACCACUGUUAUUAAUUGUGAAAGCGUUUUUAGACAUUAAAGUACAACUACUGUGUGCAAAGUAAUAUACUGACAUUCUAAAUUAUCUAUAAGCUGUAUAUUAGUAUAUUCUCAAUGUUUUUAUAUUUUAUCUGAUAUAAAUCAUGUAAUAAAAGCUAUAAUUUGUUUAAAUUUUUUCGUUUAAUAUUUAUCAGAAAUAAGUAUUUUUUAUUGUAUGUGCUUUAUACUUCAUUCCAUUAUACUGUAUGGGAUUUAUGUAAAAAAAUAUUAAUAAUAUUUUGAAUGUUUUAUGUUUUGUUUGAGGCAAAAUCAUUUAUUAAAAGCUAUUGCUUUUUCAAAACUUUUUAACUUAUACACAUAUUUUUUUAUUGUAUGUGAUUUUUAUUAAGAAAUUUUAAAAUCAUUAUUUAUUUUAUUUUUUUCAAUACUGAUUAUGAAAUUGCAGAUGAAAAUUUUUUUAAUUUAUAAAUGACAUAUCAAUCACAGUAUGACGUAUUAAUUUUACGAUAAAUUUCUUUUUCAUAGUAAAAUUUCGAAAAUGAUUUUGCGUUUGUAAAAAGCAUUUUGAUUUCGUCACUGCUGCAUGUUAAAUUCAUAUUUGUUUUUUCAUAGUGAAAAAAAUGUAAUUAAAAAAUAACUAAAUUGAUUUUAACUUUUUCAAUACUGUAAGGAACUAUACUUGUACCAUCAAGAUUCGCAUUUUAACAAGCAUUGUAUAUCAUUAUCAUUCAAGUAAAAGUAAAACUUAAAUAAUGGGUAUUUUGUUUUUUGUUACGUAAGAAUGAAUCUAGAAUAAAAAUUGCAAUUGUAGAAUUUGUAUAAUGAUGUUUAAUGUGUUAAUAUGUUGAGAUAUGAGAUAAUGUUUAGUCUUUACUCUUUUUCUUUUGUAAAGGAAGAUGUUUUGCAAUAAAAUAUAGUUUUUUAAUUAAAAAAA